ACCCAAUUCACAGUAUUCGCCCUGCAUUUUCUCUACAGAGGAGUGUUCCUAAGUCCUAAGAAAGCAUCGUAUUUGGAGCUCAAUCUUCUCUCCGCUAUGACCCGGUGCCGUUCAUCUUUGCACAGUUCGGCAACCAAAUUCAGAGAGCAAACCGAGCAGCAGCAAGAAUCAAAGACAAGGAAAUGAUGCCUGAUGUGCUGGAAAAGGGCAGAGCUUCUUGCUACAGGGCAGCCGACAUGAAGCCCGCCGAGAUCGCCACCGUCAGUCUUCUUUACCCCGCCGAUUGCAAGAAACUGAGGGCCCAAUUCGUCAACCAACACCGGCCCACCUGGGUGAAGCAAUUCGAUCGGCAGUACUGCAGGAAGAAGAGGGUGAUGAGGCUUCUUGACGACGAGGGAUCGCGGAGAGAGAUGGAGCUCAGAAGCGGAUUCAGGCAGCAGACAGAUUGGCGGUCAACCGCGACGGUCGACCGCGUAGAGAGUAUUGAUCAGAUCAGAUGGAUACCGCAGCGGGUGGAGGUUGAUGCUACUCCACAUCGGGUGGAGCUUAUUCCACAUACUCCGAGUCAUUUUGCAUUAGUUGGAAUUCUGGCUGAGGUGACACAGUUUGGGGAUCAGAUUAUUCAGGAUGCAGAUGACGAGUUGGUAGAUCCGAGUGCAGCUGGUGGAUAUAGCUUGGAUACGGCCAUUGUUUCACCUUAG